AGUCCAUUCUUCUUCUAUAUUGGAUGCUCUUUUCAACAAAUUUUCAGAUUAGUGACUAAGUCUGACUAUUUAACGUUGCGAAAUGGUUUCAUAAGUGUUUAUAUGGGUCCAGGAAGUAAAUUUUACUUCCAAAAGUAUAUCCAAACGUCAUUGGAGGAUGAUUUCAAAACAGUUGUAGGAGUAAGUCAUGUCUUGUGGGCGUCAUUUGUGAUCUUCUUGCUCCUGAAUAUUAAUGAUAAUCUUGGUGGUUGGAACAGAGCUUCAAGUUAUUAUGAAAAAAAUGGCUAUGGAAAUCACCCAAAGACAUUGCAGACGGAAAAGGAGAAUUUUGAGUUAGCCCUGGAGGUUGACAAUUCAAAUAAACAAGCUAGAGGGGCUGCUUUAUUGGUUGAAGCUGCAGUAUGGGUGAUCCAGAUGCACAAUAUGAACUAGGCUAAUAAAUAUGUUCAGUUGGGUCAUCAAGCAUUCUAUUUGGAGAAGGCUAGGUACAUUUUUUUUGCUGC